AUGACUCCUGCACAGGCCUGGCUGGCGACUACCCUACCAGACAACACAACUGAACUGUCACAGAUGACAGACACACAGCCGGACCAGUCAACUUCGCUGCCAGGAGUGAUCUCAACCGACACUACGGACACAUCAACCAACGAUACUGCUGAGAAAGAUUGGACAUUUCCACGACCACCACCCGUACACGGCGACUCAUUCGACAACACAAACGGUCCCCGCUGCAAAAACGGCUACAGACUCGUCAUCGGGAACUGCAUCAAGCUCGAUGCCACGCCGGGCAGGGACUGGAUUUUCGGGAAGUCCCAUGAUGGGGCAAAGGAGGCAUGCAGGAAGGAAGGAGCCACAUUGGCCAUGCCGAAGACGAAAGAACUGGACGUCGCUCUGAGAGAUCUGGUCAAAAGGGGUGGAUUCAACAAGGAACACUGGAUCGGUAUGGAGAAGAAAGACGGAACCUGGUAUUGGGUGGACGGGUCGGUGGUCGGCCAGAACGGGUACAAGGGAUGGAAUCCAGGUGAACCAGGCCGUUGGUCGUGUGGACAGUACUGGACAAAGUCAUCCGGCUGGCUCUUCUCGUGGUCUGGAUAUCCCAUGUGGGACGACGAUGCUUGCUUCAAUAAGAAGAGAUUCAUCUGUCAGCGUCCUCCAGCCUAA